AUGAGCAAGUUCUUUGCGGUGCACAGCUGGAAGGAUCUUGAUGUACUUUAUCAACGAGGCUGGAAUAACCCUGCCACGAUGUUCCGAUGGCCUAGAGAAGGCAUCACAGACUACAUCUUCCAGUACACCGGGGUCCAGGUCGCCUACUUCUUCCACCUUUUCAACACCUUCACCAGGUGGGUUCUAAUCCCGGCUAUUCUGAGCAUCUUCGUCUACGUGAUGAGACAGACUGGGAGGCUUGAUCGUCCACAGAUCACUCUCAUGGAUUCCAUCUUCGGCGGGAUUCUGUGUAUUUGGACGACUUGCUUCCUUGCUCGGUAUGAGCAGCUGCUGAACCUCAAGAUCUUCCGGUGGGGAAUGAGACAUGUACACGACGAGGUUGUACCCGUCAGAAAGGCCUUCAGCGACGAGUACCGAGGGACCGCUCUGGAAACUCUGCAGAACCUCUUUCACUGGUUCCUGUGCGCCCUGUUCAUCUUGGAGACGAUCUCCGUCGUGUACUACCUCACCGAGUUGCGGAAGGACGUGCGCGACGACUUGGACGGGACUACCUUCGGAAUCGACAACGAGACACUGCUUGAUCUGUACAAAUAUGUUAUCACGGCCAACAUCAAGGUAGUGGACAUGGUAUGGACUCCGUUGUCCACUUGGCUUAGUAGGAAGGAGAACUUCCGGACGGAUGUCGAGAUGAAGUCUGCCAUGGUUGUGAAGCUUUAUGCCGUGAAGUUCAUGGUGUACUACUACCCCUUCGCCUACACCAUACUCAUCCAGCCCUACGUGGAGGGCUGUGAUAACGAAGAUCCCGGAAACUUCCGAGGCUGCCUCCUGAAGCUCCGCCAGGAUCUGCAAGUGCUUUUCCUGACGCAGGCAGCCUUCAAAGCCUUGGAAGUUGUCAUCUCGGUUCUGAUGACCUACUGGACAGUCCGAUCCGAGUUGAAGAACCGUCGACAGAACAGAAACCUGACCUACUUGGAGCUGCAGGAAAUGAUGCCAGAAUAUGGCGAAGCGGACCAAAUUGAGGACUACAUGCAAUUGGCCCUCAGCUUUGGCUUCAUUGCAAUGUUCGGUGUGACGUGUCCUGUAAUUUGCAUCCUCUGCUUCCUAUCCAACUUCGUGAUCAAGAAGCUCAUGGCCUACAAGAUCUGCUAUGCGCACCAAAGAGUGAUUCCCAGGGUGGAGGAGGGCAUCGGGUCCUGGAGCCACAUCUUGACGUUCAUUGCCUAUAUCGGCGUCACAGUCACCUGCUACAUCGUAUUCUUCGUGUUCAACUUUGAGGACCUCUCUUUCAAAUACAAGCUCAUCGCCUUCAUCCUCAGUGAGAAAGCAAUGAUGGCAUUGAAGCGAGCCAUGGAGGGUUUCUUCGGCGAUAAGACAGUGGCGCAGCUUCGGGUGGAGGAGCACAACGAAGAGGUGCUGGACCGGGUGCUGGGGAAGCACAAGGAAUCCAAUGAGGCACCUCAGUAG